UUUUAAUUCAAUUAAUUCAAGUCUGAGGCUUUCCUCAAUCCAACUUAAGGUAUAAAAACAGAAAGAACAAAGGUCUUUAAGUAACAUGAUCUUGAGGUUCUAGGAUCCUUAGCCGCUCGUGAUUGACCCAAGCUUUAAAACUCAAAAUUGCAUUUGAAACCUAAUUUUCCUUUUUAAAACAGACUCCUAAAACCAUCAAAUAAAUUAGAUGAAUUACCAAUUUAAGACUUAUGUUUUUAACUCUUAGUACUCCUUGUAGCUUUGUCAUAGGGUAGAUAACGAUAGGGAAGACCGGGAUAACUAAUGAUCAAGAAUUACCAAGAAUUACUAGUAUCGAGUAAUAGCCUACUAUAUUAUUCCCUAAACUAACUCACAAGGAUAGGGUAAAAAUAAAAUUGAUAAAUUGUGACUCAACCAAUAAUUAAUCUCAUUGUUAUAAUGAUUUACUCAUUAUCCCUGUAAGUUUCUUAGCCCUUAGGUUUUUAUGCUUCAAGCCCCAAGUUAGCUUUUAGCCUCGUGGGGGUGAUGUCAUAAUCACACUCCAUAAAAGAGUAAAAUUCCAUAAGUUGAAUCAAAAGAAACUAAAAAACAAUAUAUUCACUAAAGAAGAAGAGAAAGAAACCGAAGUUGUAUUUUUCCACCACAAAAUGUCAAACUCUUGGAAAAAGAUCUCUAAACCCUAAAACUAAGAGAGUUUAUAUAGUAUUUAUCAAUGACCUAACAUGUGGCAUACUCUCAUUGGCCACUUAUUACAAGGAAAAGUCAUAAACAACCUAAAAAGCUUAAAAAAUUACGAGUUCUAAAUGAGUGUAAUGCAUUUCGAAUUUGAUGGGGGCAUUUGAAACUCGUUUCGACAUGUCUCAAGCCUCAAACUCGAUCACUAGUGGCUGAGUUCGAAAUUUGGGUGAACUCCAAGUCAAUUUCGAACUCAUAAGUGGAAGGAGGUCCAAUUCAAAAUCAAGGGGCUGAGUUCGAAAUGCACAGUGAAUUUCGAACUCAACAUUCUUCUCUGACUAGUUUGCUUCAAACGCGUAUAAUUUCCUAGUUUCAACUCCGACUUGUGCACCAUUUGAAGCGUUGGAUUCCUAAAUUCCAAAGCUUCGAAAGAUUUAUAGCUUGCCAAAAAUGGACUUCGGGAAAUGCUAUAAAUUUCACCUCAAAUUCAAAGUACAUGAUACCAUUAGAUUUUAAGUUCCAAAUUUCCAUCCAACUUGAUGAAUUUGCUUCAUGCCUCAUUUCCCAAACUCAUCAUAACCUUGUCUUGCCUUUCUACAUAGUCUAUGUAUCUUGACUCCCUCAUUUCCUCAUUUAACCCUUUCCUAAUCUUUCAAAUUUUAAUGUGAUUCAACUUGCUAUGUGUAGUCCUCAUAGACAAUAAAGGUACACCUGAGAUCCUCUUGCUAUCAACUAUGCAAGUAAAGAAGGGAUUUAAGAAUAAGCAAAUGACCUACUUGGCUACACUAAAGAAGGAAAAGAAAGAUAUAAUAAGGGAACUCAUUCCUAAGGUAAUUGAGGUGGUACUUGAAGAGUUCUAGUAUGUGAUUAUGUGAUGCCAAUAGAAGUGACAAUUCAUGUUGGUGGAUCAUGUUCACAGUGUGUCAAAGCAAAGACACUCAACUAAAUAAAUCAACUCAAACAUGACACACAAAAUAUAUACGCCUGAGAUCCAAUAGUACAGACUGAGGAUGUGGAUGCUAGCUGCUUGGAAUGCCAGAGGAACGUGGAACACCGAAAGCUUUGUUUAAAGGGUCAGACAAUCAGCCUACUACCCAUUGAGUGUGCCUCUGAAUUUGAUACCUUAUGUUUGCGAGAGUGCAAAAACCUUGAGAGUCUGCCAACAAGCAUUUGGGAGUUCAAAUCCCUAAAAUCUCUCUUUUGCUCUCACUGUUCACAAUUGCAGUACUUUCCAGAAAUCUUGGAGAAUAUGGAAAACUUAAGGGAGCUUCACUUGAACAAAACGGCUAUAAAAGAGCUACCAUUAUCAAUCAAAUAUUUGAAUAGGCUUGAAGUUUUGAAUCUGUACGGCUGCAAAAACCUUGUGACUCUUCCAGAAAGCAUUUGUAAUUUAUGCUUUCUUGAAGUUCUCGAUGUCAGUGAUUGUUCAAAACUCCACAAAUUGCCACAAAACCUGGGGAGGCUGAAAAGUUUGAAGAUUUUCUAUGCUUGUGGCUUAAAUUCAACAUGUUGCCAAUUGCUUUCUUUGUCAGGUUUAUGGUCAUUAAAGAAGUUAAUUCUACCUUGGUCAAAGCUAAUGCAAGGAGUAAUCCUGAGUGAUAUUUGCUGCUUGUACUCGUUGGAAGUGUUGGAUCUAUCUUUCUGCUAUAUAGAUGAAGGAGGAAUCCCCACUGAAAUUUGCCACCUAUCAUCUCUGCAAGAAUUACUUCUAAUCGGGAAUCGUUUUAGGAGCAUACCUGCUGGGAUCAUUCAACUUUCUAUGCUGAGACACCUUAACUUGGGUCACUGUGAAGAGCUUCAACAAAUUCCAGCGCUUCCAUCUAGUUUGCGUGUCUUAGAUGUACAUAAGUGCCCACGGCUGGAAACUUCUUCAGGUCUACUCUGGUCUUCUCUAUUCAACUGCUUCAAAUCAGUGAUUCAGGAUUUUGAAUGCAAGAUUUAUCCUAAAGAAAAACGUUUUGCCCAAGUAAGUCUUAUUAUUUCAGGAAGUAGUGGAAUUCCAAAAUGGAUAAGCCAUCACAAAAAGGGAGCUAAAGUAGUAGCAAAGCUUCCUCAAAAUUGGUAUAAAAAUAAUGACUUGUUGGGUUUUGUUUUGUACUCUGUCUAUGGUCCACUUGAUGAUGAAUCUGAGGAGAGACUGGAGAAUCAUGGAAGUUACUUCAAGUAUGGUUUGACUUUGCGUGGUCAUGAAAUUUCUUUGGUGGAUGAACAACAGUUUAAUCACUCGUGGGGCUGCUGUGAUGUUGUACCAAAAAAUGUGGAUGAUUUAUUAUCCGAAGGCAGAGAUUGUGAAGAAGUGUCACUCAAAUAAAUGGAGGCAGUUGACGGCUUCAUUUUGUGGCUUCUUACGUGGUAAAACAAUAAAAGUGGAAGAGUGUGGGAUCCAUCUUAUAUAUGCCCAUGAUCAUGAAAAGAACCAUGGUAAAGCAAUGAUACCCACCAUUUGCCGGGAAUGUCAAGAGGAUAUGCAAUCCCGACGGUAUCUAGAUGUCCACAGUUGCACAUGCUUGGAAACUUUAUCAAGUCCAUCAAGUCAACUUGGUUUUUCUCUGUUCAAAUGCUUCAAAUCAAUGAUUGAGGAAUUUGAAUGCGGCUCCUAUUGGAACAAAGCAAUCAGAGUUGCUAUUCCGGGAAAUAAUGGAAUUCCAGAGUGGAUAAGCCAGCAAAAACAAGGAUCUCAAAUAACAAUAGAGCUUCCUAUGGAUUGGUACAGAAAAGAUGACUUCUUAGGAUUUGCUUUAUACUCUGUUUUUAUUCUUAUGGCUUGUGAUGGGUUGAAUUGCCAACUCAAUAUCUGUGGUGAUCAAUCUGAAUGCUGUCACGUGGAUGAUGUCCAGUUUUAUUGCUGCCCAAUUUGCCGUGAAUCGAGUCAAAUGUGUGUGACUUAUUAUCCCAAGGUUGCUAUUGACAACCAGUAUUGGUCAAACGAAUGGAGACGUUUGAAGGCUUCAUUUCAUAGCUUGGAUGCACCAGUCGAAGUGAAAGAGUGUGGGUUCUAUCUUAUAUAUACAGGUGAUGUUAUCAACAGAAACAUCCCAGAAGAUACCAGUACUGAUACUCAGAGAAGCUGUGACAACACAGAAGCCACCAAGCGCGACCAUCAGACAAUGAUAAGAGUACAGUGAUGAGCAGAGAAGUUGUGAUACCAGAUCAGCAGCAGAAGAUACUAAUUCUAACGCACAAACAAGCUAUGACUGUACACAGUGCACUGAGCAUAGCGAUUCUCCAAUGGGUACAACGACACAGGAUAUUAACAGUAAUGUUGUUGAUGCCCAAGAUGAUGAAGAGGACCAUAUGCACAACUGGUUGGAGCUUCUUUGCAAAUUUGUUGGAUGGAUAUGCUGCAGAAGAUACUAAGCAUUUAUCUCAAGCUUUUUGUGAGCUACGAUCCUUUCUCUUCUUCUUAGUUUCUAUUAUAUGGCUAAGUGAUUUAAAGGGGCUGAAAAUUCUUCCAGUGAUCUCAUUUUUCUUCUUUUUCUUCUCUUUUUUUUUCCUAGUGAACCCCUGUUUUGAAAGUCCAUAGGCCUCCAUAGGCCAAAAUCCAAAUCUGUUUUACUCAAAAACCUUUUUUAUUAAAUAACUCAGUGCAGAAAAUUACAUCGUU